UCGCGGGGAGUCUGACACGGGCUAGGUAUAAUAGUAGAUAGCAUGCGGGAGUCGAUACAUGCCCUUCGUUGUGACUUCUUGUUCCUUCAAGAUACACAGAGCGAGUGGACGCGGUCGAGUGUUGGCCGUGGUACUGAGACUCCUGGCAUUGAUAUUGUUGUCCUGAGAGGAGACAUCAUUCUCAGCAGAUACAGAGAAUGUGUAGAGGACACCAGGAGUCAGUCCAGUCACAAUGGUCUCUGUAUCAUUCACCUCACUCACCAGCACUCUCUCUCCACCACUUCCUCCUCUGUCUAAGUACGAAUCAUAAGUGAAGUACGAAAGAAAAAAAUUCAGCAACCUUUUCCAAGGAAAAAGGAGGAGACCAGGAGAGGACGGCUGAUGUGUUGGUCACAUUUGACACUCUGAGAUCAGAUGGAGGCCCUGGACACUCUGUAAAACAUCAUUAUACAGUAGUAUCCAUGUCAACAGACUUACAAGAGGAUGCUGGGAUGACUAAGUCCAAAUGUAGCUAUAGCUAAAUAUGCUGUCGGAAAGGACGUAAAUUACUUAGUAUAUCAAAGCGGUUCUCCCCUUACAUGUAUAUUAUAAUGUAUGUAUAUGUACUCUUUAGAGUAUUCCUUUACCACUCUUGCCACCAAACCAGUAGUAGGACAUGUAUACGCAGUCAUUAUGCUAACAGUCUAGCUACAACAUUGGACGUAGCAAAUACUUUACUAGCGAC